GCCGCGCGUCUUCGGCGCCCUCCCGGCGGUGCCCGCGCCCGCGGCGGCGCCGCCCGGAGCCGCCGGCGGCCCUGGCGCUGCCCGCGGCCGCCUCGAGCUGCCCGCGGUCGGCUUCGGCACCUCCUUCUACCCGGAGGACCACGAGCUCGGGCCGGAGGAGGCCGUGGUGUCCGCGGCGGUGGACGCGGCGCUGAGGUCGGGGGUCCGCCUCUUCGACUGCGCCAACCAGUACAGCAGCCAGCCGUUCGUCGGCGCGGCCCUCGAGCGCGCCGUCGCCCAGGGGGUGGUCGCCCGAGAAGACCUGGUGGUCGUUGCGAAGAUCGCCCGCUUCGGCACCGAGGCGGAAGUCAGGGCGGGCGUGCAGACCGCGCUCGCCGAGCUGCGCCUGGACAGCGUGGACGUGCUCAUGCCGCACAUCCCGCCACCGGUUGACUCCUGGAAAUGGUUCGAGGACGAGGUCGACGCAGGCCGCGCUCGCUUCCUCGGGGUCAGCAACUUCGACCAACUGGACGUCGGCGAGCCCGGCAGCGGCGUCCGGGCGCUGCGGGAGCUGCUGCGGGUCGCGAGGAUCCGGCCCGCGGUGCACGAGUUCGAGCUGCACCCGCUGCUGCACGACGAGGCCAUGGUGGAGCUCUGCCGGACCGAGGGCAUCCCGGGUCCUGGCCUACUCGCCCCUGGGUGCGCCGCACAAGGUGGACAAGUACCUGGCGGGGGUGGGGCGGCUCCAGGGUGCCGCGGAGGCCGCGCGGCGCAAGCGGGAGAGCUGUCGGUGCUGCAGCACCCCGGCGUCGAAGCCGUGGCCCGCUACCGCGGGGCAACGCCGGCGCUGACGACGCUGAGGUGGCACGUGCAGCACGGCUUCGUGCCCAUCCCCAAGUCCUGGAACGCGGAGCACAUCGCCGCGAACGGCCCGGCGGCCGUCUGCGCCGAGCAGCUCGGUGCGACGGAGAUGUCCGUGCUGGACGGCAUGCACUCGGACGUCCGCACCGUCGUCCUCUACAAGAAGGGCGCCGCGGGGGAGCUCUGA